AGGUAACACAAAGUCCGUUGAAUGAUUAGAUUUAUUCCAUCCGUGAUAGAAGUUAGAUAAGAAUCGAAUAAAAAUCAGAUUAUAGUUUAUACAUAUGCUUUUGAAAACAAAAAAAAAAAUUGAAAGAUAAAAAAUGUGAAAAAUAUAGAUAAUUUAAAAACAACGAAAUAAAGAACGAAGAAGAAACGAACGAGAGGAAAAACAUCGAGUAAAAUGAGAUGAAACGAGAGGAGUUGAGGAUAAGCGAAAGGCUAUAUGGUUAGCUAGGAGACGAGACGAUGCAAGACAGGAUCCGUCGAGGUGGGAGAAUGAUGCGAACGAACGAGAAGGCGAGAUUUAAAAGAAUCAUCGAGGAUGCAGCAAGGAAUCAUAUCGUUCUAUGUACUAUUAAUGGUUGUGGGUCUUUUUGUAUCGUCCAAUCUUUCGACGAAUGCUGCACCUCAACAAGGAUACUGGAGUCAAUUUGAUGAAGAAGAUCCGGAAGCAUUGAUGGAAAUUAUUACUCGACUUGGUCACACUAUGAUACGCAAUCCAGAGCUUGAAAAUAACAAACGAGGAUUGGAUCUUGGUUUGAGUCGUGGAUUCAGCGGAUCACAAGCUGCAAAACAUUUAAUGGGACUAGCCGCGGCAAAUUAUGCCGGAGGCCCCGGUCGUCGACGUCGUUCUGAACAAGCUUAGAUUAAAACACAUUGAUUUGAUCGAUUGAUCGCGAUUUCGAUUAUCUCGAAUUUUAACAUCAUAGAUGUUUACUUAUGCAUUCGUUCGUAAAAAUUUUUUUUUUAUUCAAAAUCUAUUACAAAAUAUCUAACAAUUUUAGCUACUUUAUCUUUUGAUUAAUAUUAUAAUUUGAUUAAAUUUACAUUUAUUUUAAAUUAAUUUUCUAUUUCUAUUUUAUAUAUUUUCCAAUUCGCAUAUUUUUGAAUUUAUAUUUUGAUAGUAAAAUAAUGAAUUAAAUUCUAGUCAUCGUUCUAGUUAUUAAAAUAACUUCAUUCGUACAUAAUUAUCAGAAUUCACGAAAACAUAUAUAGAUAAAAUUGUAUUAAAUUAUAUUAUUAAACGUUAUACAAGAAAUUAUGAUCGAUCGAAUAUCCUGUAAUCGAAAUUAAUGUAAAAAUCUGUUAUUUUUCGAUCAUGCUUCUCAUAGAUUCAACGAAGCAAUGUUUCCUUUGCGCAAGAAUAUUUUCAACGAUUCAAUUUCAAUGCACAAUUCUAAUCGAGAUGAUGCAAAUUCUAUUUAAAAUGAAUGAAAUUAUAGGAAUAUUUCUUCGUUAACAAAUUAAUAUUAACCAUAUAUUACUAUAGCUAUAAAACUUAAUACUCAUAAUACAUCGUACUUUAAUGUAUCAUAAGUAUAUGACUGAUUAUUAUUUAUUUCUUGAAUUAGUUAUAUAUUUUAUAUAUAUUAUGUUUUCGAACGAAUGCUGUUGAAUCCAACAGUCAACGUAUCAAUACGUAUGUAAAAUUAAUGAAAAUAAAUCCAAUGUACCUUUC